AUGUCCGAAUCAUUAGCCCCUUUCCAGAUCCUUUCCGAUGAUAAUCAUGGUCCGCUCGUUACCCUCGUGUCUGUUGCCUUCCUGAUCGCUACAAUCAUUUUUGCUGUGGCGAAAUUUGCGUCUGCAAUUUACUUCAAGCAGCGGCAGACACUUGUCAAUACACCGAUAUGGAUAGGUGUAAUAUUAGCAAUUGUCGAAGUUGUGCUUAUGCAAAAAGCUGUCGACCACGGAUUGGGGAGACACAUCACUACCCUCAAGACAUCUGCUUUCCACAAAGCAAGCAAAUUUUUCUACGCUGCCCAAUUGAUCCAAAUCAUUAUCCUCUCGUUAUCUAAGAUUUCUACUACUCUGUUAGUAUGGAAACUGACGCCUAACAAUUACCUUCGCCGGGCUUGCACCAUCAUCAUCGGCCUGACUAUUGCAUGGACAAUUUUCGCGCUUUUUGGGAUUGCUUUCCAAUGUGAAAUUCCACGGCCAUGGCUCUACAAUCCUGAUAGAUGCGCUGGAGAGGGCGUCAUUGUCUAUCCGAUCUCGGUGUUUCACAUUCUUCUUGAAAUAAUCAUCAUUAUUAUACCCUUUUUCAUGAUGCGCGACGUCCAGAUGGCGUGGCAAAAGAGACUGAAGAUUCUCUGCUCUUUCUCAUCGCGAUUUCUUAUUGUCUGUCUCGCGAUCUCUCAAUUGGUUCUGCUGCCGUCUUUUCUACAAUCAUCCGAUCCUACUUGGGAAAUCAUCUCUCUAGCCAUCUGCGGUCAAGUCAUGAUGUGUGCAACCAUCACCAUUGCCUGCCUCCCUACCCUCUACCACAUCUUCGCCGGUCUACACUCUGGACUCAUCACUACCAGACUCCCCGACGAAGUAGAGCUCUCCCAUCCGAAAGGAAGCUACAUCAACCAAUCUACGAUCAGUGGCGGCCGAGCGCGAGAGGGCUAUACGGGAUCGAAGCAUCGCAGUUAUCUCGACACCAGGAGUUUCAGAAAUACGAACUCGGCCGUAAUCACCGACAUAAGUACAUCAGGGCAUCUGGACCGGAAUGGGCAAGAGACGAUGUGGCGAUCCAGCGCCAGCGAGAGCACCGAGAGCACCCGACAAUUGACCGUAGAAGUGAGACCCGACGGCGUGCUUAAGACGGUGGAUAUUACGGUGGAGGUAGAGGAGCAUCGAUCGGACUCACAGGGUUCUUUGUCCCCUCGCUAG